AGAUAUGCCAGUCUAUAUUUCUGCUGUGCGGUGGAGGAUCAGGACAAUGAGUUGAUCACCCUGGAGAUCAUCCAUAGAUAUGUGGAGUUGUUGGACAAGUAUUUUGGCAGUGUGUGUGAGCUGGAUAUCAUCUUCAACUUUGAGAAGGCCUACUUCAUCCUUGAUGAAUUCCUGUUGGGCGGAGAAGCCCAGGAAACCUCCAAGAAGAAUGUGCUGAAAGCCAUUGAGCAAGCAGACCUGCUGCAGGAGGUACACGCGUGCACCCAAAACCAGAGCUGCAAAGCAACUGAGCAGUGGACUUGUAGGCUAAACUGUUGUUCCUCUUAUGCUAAAGAGCGGAAAAUACAAUGAUGACUGAAAUAGUACUCAACAUAAAAAUGGCACCGUUAUCUUCCCAGGAUACUUUAUACCCUGCACAAGAAUAAACUGCGUUCAGUGGUGUAUUUAGAUGCGAAUGAACCAUCUUGAGAGUUCACGACUGUUUAGCUGAACAUAAAG